AUGAGCGUCACUACAGAUGGACUAGACGACGUCUAUGAAGCGCUAGAGCGGUAUAACUGGGACGAUGAUGUGGAGUUUCAGGCUGGUUUGCAAGCGAUCAUAGGCAGCAACAGUACGCCAGAACAAACGACUGAGCUAGCAUUACGGGCGAGGUGUUUUUAUUAUGCGAGAAAAUACAAUAAAAACAUCGACUUUGACGCCUAUAAAGCCUAUCGCAAUGCCCGCAACCGGCCACCUCCCACACCCCCCAGUUCAACCAACGUACUCGCAUCCUCAGUCAUAGACCAAGAGUUACCCUCUACCACCACAAGCACUACUACUCCCGCUAUAACCACCGAACCAAGCGGCGUUCUUCCUUCGCCUCCAACUGCAGCCGAGCCACCCGCUCCUUACCCCACCAGCUUCGCGCACAUAGUUGACUUGAUCACAAGCGGAAAACCAGUACCAGGUAUCAAGGAGAUUCCGCCUACAGUGCUAGAAGGACAAGGGACACAAGCGACGAAGCCCAAGCGGAAGAAGCCGUGGGAAAAGGACGAGAUUCCUGUCGAAGCUGCCAAAGAAGCUAGUAGUGUGUAG